UAUAGAGUAAUUAUGGCUCAUUGGCUCAUUCAAGAUCCAAUAUAAAAAGGUGACAAUUACAUACAAUCAUCAUUAUUUCCUUGAUUAAUCUCAACAUAAUUAAAAGGUACAAACGUUGACAAAUCUCAAAAGCUCCCUCAAACAACUAACCAUGGUGUCUAAACCAUCUCACAUUGCUGUCAUCAUUCUCUCCCUCUUCUUGCUCUCGGCGACCUUCAACCUCGUCGCUGGCCAUAGUACCGAGAAGAAAAGCGAAUGCACCUGUAUAAGAGAAGACAAAGACGAGCAUGCAGGAGAAGUAGUCGAUAAAAGUGUCUUACAUUAUAAAAUUGGAUCAAUUGUUGUCAUAUUAGUUGCGAGUGCGCUGGGAGUUUUUCUUCCCAUAGUGGGGAAAAACAUCCCAGCGCUUCACCCUAAUAAGGGUGGAUUCUUCCUAGUUAAGGCAUUUGCAGCCGGGGUCAUCCUAUGUACCGCAUUCAUCCACAUCUUACCUGAGGCCUUUGAGAACCUAACUAGCCCAUGUCUCGGUGAAGAUUCACCAUGGGCUAGUUUUCCCAUCACUGGCCUCGCCGCCAUGGGCGGGGCUAUUCUGACUUUGAUGAUGGACUCCAUUGCUAUGCGCCAUUUUCGUAAGGCUCACGGCCUUGAUGAUCAUAAUGCCGCUGAUGAGGAGGCUAAGGAUGCUCAUCACCAUGUUCAUGGUUCAAGUAGCGUAGUCCCUCAAGGUCUAAGUCAAGCGGAACAAGUCAGAUAUAGAGUCACUUCACAGGUGUUGGAGAUGGGUAUUGUGGUUCAUUCAGUAAUUAUAGGAAUAUCACUGGGUACUUCUGAAAGUCUCGAUACCAUUAAACCUCUAAUGGCGGCUUUGUGCUUCCAUCAAUUCUUCGAAGGUGUAGGACUUGGUGGAUGCAUUGUACAGGCAGCGUUCAAGUCAGCAUCUACAUUGUGCAUGGCAUUGUUCUUCUCCCUCACAACUCCAGUAGGAAUCGCAAUCGGAAUAGGAAUAUCUAAUGUUUAUGAUGAAAGUAGUCCAACAGCUCUUAUUGUUCAAGGGUUGUUAGAUGCGGUGGCGGCCGGAAUUUUGAUUUACAUGGCACUUGUAGAUCUUCUAGCUCAAGAUUUUAUGAACCCUAAGAUGCAAACCAACACUAGGCUUUUCUUUGGAGCAAAUCUUACCUUGCUACUUGGUGCUGGUUUUAUGGCUGUUUUAGCUAUAUGGGCUUAAUUUUUUACCAUGACUUUAAGCUUUUUGUGAAGUGAUCACUGAUUAUAUUGAUUUUUACAUCCUUUAAAUUUUUUUAUUAUUAUUUUUUUUUUAAUUUUUUGAGUGUUAUCCGGUGAUGAACUACAUACAUUUUUGUAAGUAUCAUAUCAUUUAAUACAUGUUAUACUCCGUGUGAUUAAGAAACAUUCAUAGUAUGUAUUAAGUAAAUUGAGUAAAUUGAUUUUGAAAAAUUUGUUGUUUUAAUUAAUUAAGCAAAGCUUGUAAGAGUUCAGCAACUUUUUUGUGUGGCUGGCCACACCAUGUGGCAGGGGUUAUUUGUAUGUAUUACUUAUUCAGGGGUUACUUGUAUGUGUUACUUAUUCAAGGGUUACUUGUAGGGGUU